AUGAGUGUGCUCGUGGGCGAAACCGCCAUCAGUGGUAUGUUGGAGUCUCUAAGCAGAGACGAGCAACAUACUGCUAUCAACAAUUUCCUACAAGGGGAACUUGCCGUCGAAAGACAGAAUAUAACCUUACUGCAACAACAAGGCUCUCAUCAGUCGAUGGGCGGGCCGACGCACAUGCGUCGAUAUGAAACCUUGAAGAUUGACAUCUCAAGGUACAAGGGAACCGAUGAAGAUUCCCUUUUAAGAUGGUUCGUCGAGUUAGACGACGCCAUCAGGGCCCGUCACAUCGAGGGUGACGAGAUGCAAGUCACCUUUGCCCUGUCAAAUUUGACGGGACGAGCAAAGGCUUGGUCCUUAGGGCUCAAGCUCCACGACCAGAACGUGUUUGAGUCGUUGGAGAUCUUGAAGUCUCGGCUCAAAGAGACGUUCGAGUCGCCGAGAGCCGAGUCCAGAGCACGCUCUGCACUCUUGAGGCUAAAACAAGGUUAG